ACAUCACAUUAUGACAUUAAUACAAUUUAAUCAAAAGUUUUUUAAAGUCUAAUAAAAACUUUUAAUUUUAAUGUAAAAUAAAAAUAAUUCAGCUAAUUCAUGAAGAGGCCCUUACACUUCAUUGAAAUGUCUUCAAAUAAAAAGCCGAAUUUGGUGGAAUCAAACGACAUUGUAAAUAACAUCAGGUUAAACCCAAUUAAUCACAGAAAAUCAACACCAGGUGAUCUAGAAGCUUUAACGAAUCAACUUGAAAAUUGCGAAACUUUCGUACAAACCAACGCCUGUAAUAAAUUAAGAGUCGUCGCGCAACAGAUGCAAGCUUUAGCCACACAGGCACAAGAAAUAAUCGAAGAAACGAAAAGAAAUCAUGAGUUGAACCAAGUCGCUUGUAAUUUUGUUAAACAACCUGGUCACAUUUAUCAUUUAUAUAAAAAGCCAUCCGGAUUGUUAUAUUUUGGAAUGUUAUCGCCUGAAGAAUGGGUAAGUUGCCCCCAUGAAUAUGUAGAUAGUUUUCGAUUUGAAUUUGAUCGAACUUAUACUCCGAUAAACGAGAUUAAUAAUAAAGAUGGACUUUUAAAAAUGUUAAAAAUUUAUGGAAUGGAUAAAAUGUUGAUGCAAAUAGAAUAAAAAUGAUUAAAUAGAUUAUUAAAUUAA